UGACCCCUCACCUUAUUCGCCUGGGAAAUAGCCAAUAUGUGCGGCUAUGCUACAAUAUAUAUUUGGAUAAGGUUGAGUAGGAGCUCAGUUUCAAAAUACAAGAUGGCAAACUCUACAGCGGUAGCAGCUAUCAAUAUCCCAGAAGCAAAACUGAGUUCAUCUGCCAGCAACCGGAAGAUGCCAGUGAUCGGACUGGGGACGGCAGCUGACAACUUAGACGAACAAGCCAUGAAACUUGCUGUCCUGGAAGCCAUAAAGCUGGGUUACAGGCACUUCGACACUGCUUCACUGUACGGGUCCGAGAAGGCUCUAGGUGAAGCAAUUUCUGAUGCACUAAAACUCGGCCUUGUUAAUUCUCGUGAAGAACUAUUCAUCACUACCAAGCUUUGGCCCUCUGAGGCUCAUCCUGAUCUUGUUGUCCCAUCUUUACAGAAGUCUCUCAGGAAUCUUCAGAUGGCAUACGUUGACCUCUAUCUCAUUCACAUGCCCAUCAGUGCAAAACCAAGUGACAAGCUACAGUACCCGAUACCCGAACAGGAUCUUCUACCGAUGGACUACAAGGGUGUUUGGGAAUCCAUGGAAGAGUGCCAGAGGCUUGGCCUCACUAAGUCCAUUGGUGUCAGCAACUUUUCUAUCAAGAAGCUUGAGACCAUACUUUCCUUCGCUACCAUUCCUCCUUCAGUCAAUCAAGUGGAGAUGAACCCUGUAUGGCAACAGAAGAAGCUUAGAGACUAUUGCAAGGCCAAGGAUAUUAUAAUAACUGCCUACUCCCCUUUGGGAGCUAAAGGGGCCAGUUGGGGUACUAAUCUAGUUCUGGAGAAUGAAGCAUUGAAGCAGAUUGCAAAUGUCCAUGGAAAGACUGUUGCUCAGGUUUGUCUUAGAUGGAUAUUUGAGCAGGGCGUAACUGUUGUUGUUAAGAGCUUCAAUAAGGAGAGGAUGAUGAAGAAUGUGGAGAUUUUUGACUGGGCACUAUCUGCUGAGGACUAUGGCAAGAUCAAUCAAAUACAACAACAGAGGGUGAUGUCACAAGAGUGUUUUGUUUCUCCCCGUGGACCAUUCAAGACUCUUCAAGAAUUCUGGGAUGAGGAAUGUUGACCUUUAAUGUUUUAGAUUUUGUCCAAAUGUCAUGAAACUUAGCAUGUUAUAAAAAUUACGAAUAAAUCAUGCGUAACAUUCCAAUAAAAUUAAUCAUGCUUGCAUGAUUAAUAGCAAGAUCAUGUAAUGAUUAUUAGAACACGAUAAUUAGUAAAUAAUUUAGAGUUAUUGAAGAA